CAUACGAAUCUCGUCUCCGACUUUCUCUCUCAUUAGAGAACUCAUGCUGAAGAUCUAAGCAAAUCUCCGAUUUCUUCUCAUUUCAUCGAUUCUUCAAUCCGCCGCUCGGCGAUUUGAAUCUAAAUCUUCGAUCGAAAUGGCAACUGAUAAAGGAAUCAGCCUCGAAGGAAUCAAAAACGAAACCGUUGAUCUGGAGAAGGUUCCGAUUGAGGAAGUAUUCGAACAGCUGAAAUGUUCGAGGGAAGGUUUGUCGUCAGAGGAAGGAAACAACAGGAUUCAGAUAUUUGGCCCGAACAAAUUGGAAGAGAAAAGGGAAAGCAAAUUCCUGAAGUUUCUUGGGUUUAUGUGGAAUCCACUUUCAUGGGUUAUGGAAGCUGCUGCUAUCAUGGCUAUUGCUUUGGCUAACGGCGGUGGAAAGCCACCGGAUUGGCAAGAUUUUGUGGGUAUUUUCUGUUUGUUGGUGAUUAACUCUACUAUCAGUUAUAUUGAAGAAAACAACGCUGGUAAUGCUGCUGCAGCUCUCAUGGCUAAUCUUGCUCCCAAAACGAAGGUGUUAAGAGAUGGAAAAUGGAGUGAGCAAGAAGCGGCUGUACUUGUUCCAGGAGAUAUUGUAAGCAUUAAACUAGGAGACAUCGUCCCAGCCGAUGCUCGUCUUCUUGAGGGUGAUCCUUUAAAAGUUGAUCAAUCUGCUUUAACUGGAGAAUCACUUCCGGUGACGAAAAACCCAUAUGACGAAGUCUUCUCCGGUUCUACAUGCAAACAGGGAGAAAUCGAGGCGAUUGUUAUUGCUACAGGUGUUCACACCUUCUUCGGUAAGGCUGCCCAUCUUGUGGACAGCACAAACCAAGUUGGGCAUUUCCAGAAAGUUCUAACUGCCAUUGGAAACUUCUGUAUCUGUUCGAUCGCCAUUGGUAUGUUAGUCGAGAUCAUCGUCAUGUAUCCUAUCCAACGUAGGAAAUACAGAGAUGGAAUUGAUAAUCUAUUGGUGCUCUUGAUCGGAGGUAUCCCAAUUGCUAUGCCGACUGUUUUAUCUGUUACCAUGGCUAUUGGAUCCCACAAGCUGUCUACACAGGGUGCCAUUACUAAAAGGAUGACAGCCAUUGAAGAGAUGGCUGGAAUGGAUGUACUCUGCAGUGACAAAACAGGGACGCUAACUUUAAACAAACUUAGUGUGGAUAAGAAUCUAGUCGAGUGCUUCGCUAAGGGUGUGGAUAAAGAUCUUGUCAUGUUGAUUGCUGCUAGAGCUUCUAGAGUUGAAAAUCAAGAUGCAAUUGAUACAGCCAUCGUGGGUAUGCUCAGCGAUCCAAAGGAGGCGAGAGCUGGCAUUCGAGAGAUUCAUUUCCUUCCUUUCAAUCCUACCGACAAGAGAACCGCCUUGACUUACAUCGAUUCUGAUGGAAGUUGGCACCGAGCUAGUAAAGGUGCACCUGAACAGAUCUUGGACCUUUGCAAUGCCAAAGAAGAUGUAAGGAAAAAGGUUCACUCGAUCAUUGAUAAGUUCGCCGAACGUGGUUUGCGUUCAUUGGGAGUUGCAAGACAGGUUGUUCCCGAGCAAAACAAGGAGAGUCCGGGUGGUCCAUGGCAGUUUGUAGGACUCUUGCCUCUCUUUGAUCCUCCUAGGCACGAUAGUGCUGAGACCAUUCGUAGGGCUCUACAUCUCGGAGUGAACGUGAAGAUGAUAACCGGUGAUCAACUUGCCAUUGCUAAGGAAACCGGAAGAAGACUUGGAAUGGGAACAAACAUGUACCCUUCAGCUACUUUGCUCGGUCAAAGCAAGGAUCCAAGCCUCGCUUCAGUUCCGGUUGAAGAGUUGAUCGAGACAGCCGAUGGUUUUGCUGGCGUUUUCCCUGAGCACAAAUAUGAGAUUGUAAAGAAGUUGCAAGAGAUGAAACAUAUCUGUGGAAUGACUGGAGAUGGUGUUAACGACGCCCCUGCUCUCAAGAAGGCUGAUAUUGGGAUUGCAGUUGCUGAUGCAACUGACGCAGCUCGUGGAGCCUCCGACAUUGUGUUGACUGAGCCUGGUUUAAGUGUCAUCAUCAGCGCGGUUUUAACCAGUCGAGCUAUUUUCCAAAGAAUGAAGAACUACACGAUAUAUGCAGUCUCAAUCACAAUCCGUAUUGUGCUUGGAUUCAUGUUCAUUGCUUUGAUCUGGAGGUUUGAUUUCUCACCAUUCAUGGUUUUGAUCAUCGCCAUCCUCAACGACGGUACCAUUAUGACCAUAUCGAAGGACAGAGUUAAGCCUUCUCCUCUCCCGGAUAGCUGGAAACUAAAGGAGAUUUUCGCAACCGGAGUGGUGCUUGGAAGUUACCUUGCACUAAUGACGGUUAUAUUCUUCUGGGCAAUGCACAAGACUGAUUUCUUCCCGAAAACAUUUGGAGUUCGAUCAAUAAGGGACAGUGAAAGUGAGAUGAUGGCUGCUCUUUACCUUCAAGUCAGUAUAGUAAGCCAAGCUCUUAUUUUCGUGACCAGAUCGCGAAGCUGGUCGUUUUUCGAACGACCCGGUUUUCUAUUGCUUGGCGCCUUCAUGGCUGCACAAUUGGUUGCAACCGUAAUUGCUGUAUACGCAACCUGGGACUUUGCUAGAAUCAAAGGAUGCGGUUGGGGAUGGGCAGGUGUUAUAUGGUUAUAUAGCAUCGUCUUUUACUUUCCUCUAGACAUAUUGAAAUUUGCCACUCGUUACAUCUUGAGCGGAAAAGCCUGGAACAACAUGUUGGAUAACAAGACUGCAUUCACGUCGAAGAAGGAUUACGGAAAGGAGGAAAGAGAAGCACAAUGGGCACUCGCCCAAAGAACAUUACAUGGUCUUCAACCACCAGAAGCUUCAAACAUCUUCAAUGAUAAGAGCAGUUACAGAGAACUUUCUGAAAUAGCUGAACAAGCUAAGAGAAGAGCUGAAAUUGCAAGGCUCCGAGAACUGAAUACUUUAAAGGGACACGUGGAGUCGGUGGUGAAGCUUAAAGGGCUCGAUCUCGAUAACAUUCAGCAACAUUACACCGUGUGAGAAACUACGAAAAAUGGGACAUGUUGGGCUUGAAAAAGAGAGGGGAGGUUAAAUCCUAGCUAGAUGUAAUCUUCCUAGACUAAUGGGAUUAACUUUGUGUUGAAAAUUUCAAUAUGUUUUUGAGCUGUUUUUUAUUUUCAAUUAAAAUGUUGUACUUUUUUUUUUUUUUUUCAAAAGUAACUUAUUUCCAUAAGGAAAAAUACUGUGCUUGGUUGGCUGGAUGGCUAGCUUUAUAAAAGCCCUCAAUUGCAAGAGAAACAUGAAGUUUCUAAAUCACUCUCUUGUGUCUAAUUUGAUUUGGUUUGUGAUUGAUCCAAUUUGUCUUUUAUCUUUAUGUUCAAUAUUUGAAUUUUUUUU